AUGUCCUCACCACCAAGCUUCCCCUUCGCCCGCCCCCAAGCUUGGGAUCCACCCGCCGAAUACGCAAAGCUUCGAGCCACAAACCCAGUUUCACGAGUACAACUUUGGGACGGCAGCCAGCCAUGGUUAGUUGUGAAGCAUAAGGACGUCGUGAGCGUCUUGACCGAUGCCCGAUUGUCGAAGGAGCGUACGCGACCGGGAUUCCCGGAGAUGAGUGCUGGUGGGAAAGAGGCUGCGAAGAAUAAGCCGACUUUCGUGGAUAUAGAUCCUCCGCGGCAUAUGCAGCAAAGGAGCAUGGUGGAGCCACUCUUCACCUAUGACGCCGUCGCCAGGCUCAGGCCGCAUAUACAGAAAACAGCUGACAUGCUGCUUGAUGCUAUGGUUCAGGGUGGGUGUGAGCAGCCGGUCGAUCUUGUUGAGAAAUUCGCUUUACCGCUACCGUCAUACAUCAUUUAUGGGAUAUUAGGCGUUCCCUUCGAAGACCUUGAGUUUCUUACGCAACAGAAUGCCAUCCGGAGCAAUGGUAGCGCGACAGCAACCGAGGCUUCCAAUGCGAAUAAGACCCUUCUAGAUUACAUAGGCAAGCUAGUCGACCAGCGAGCCCAAAAGCCAGAAGACGACCUGAUCAGCAAACUCGUUACCGAGCAAGUCAAACCCGGGCACAUUGAGCGCUCUGAUGCAGUACAAAUCGCGUUCCUGAUGCUGGUCGCGGGCAAUGCCACGAUGGUCAAUAUGAUCAACUUGGGCGUGGUAGCUCUUCUCCGAAACCCCUCCCAGCUCGAAAUGCUGAAAGCCGAUCCUUCCCUUUCCCCAGCUUUCGUCUCGGAGCUGUGCCGAUAUCAUACUGGUUCUGCCAUGGCUACCAGGCGAGUAGCGAAAGUCGAUAUUGAGCUUGCUGGGCAUACGAUCAAGGCAGGCGAGGGCAUCAUUGCUGCCACUCAAUCUGCAAGUCGGGACGAGGAUGUAUUUCCCGACCCAGAUACAUUUGACAUUCUGCGAUUCGUAAACAAAGAGAAGGGUGGGCGCGGCGAGGACUGGUACAAGGCGAUGGGAUACGGAUGGGGAGAGCAUCGGUGUGUCGCGGAGCCGCUUGCGCGGGCAGAAUUGGAGAUUGUGUUCGCGACGCUUUUCCAAAGACUGCCUGCUCUGAAACUCGCAAUCCCCUUCGAAGAGAUCAAGUGGACGCCGCCGGACAAAGAUGUUGGCAUCACGGAGCUCCCGGUAAUGUGGUAA